AUGGCGAGAGCCCGCUCCCCUCACGGCCCGGCCCUGACGGGGCGGGGCGAGGCGGGGCAGCGCGGCCACGAUUGGCUGGCUGGAAGAGGCGUUGACAUGGCGGGAAGAGCAGCGAGCCGCGCGAUUGGCGGAGCGGCCGCGGGGAGGGGCGGGGCUUGGCUCUUGGGGCGGACGGCGGGACGGCGGCGCGGGCAGAGCUCCGGGAGGAUGCCCAAAGGCAAGGAUUUGGUGGGGAUGAACAGCGUGGAGAUUGACCGGAAGGGAAAGGAUGGGAAGGAAAAGAAAAGAAAGAAAGAAGCGGCUUUGAAGGCAGAGAAAAAGCUGAAAACAGAGGCCAAGUCUUCAAAGGCGAUAGAAACCCCAAUGGGACAAGGUGGUGAGGAGGGGGCCAUGUUCCAGAUUGGGUACAUGCGCUAUGUGCGAGUGUCCUGCUUCAAGGGGAAGGGCCUGGUGGACAUCAGGGAGUUCUACGCUGGCAAGGAUGGUGACGUGAAGCCAGGGAGGAAAGGGAUUGCCCUGUCUGCAGAGCAGUGGAACCAGCUGAAGGAGAUCAUUCCUGAGGUCGAUGCUGCAGUAAAGAAGUUCUAACACGAAGAAUCUUGGACACCUUCAAUCUCUUUCCUUUCCCUUAAGUGCACUGAUGAGUAUAAAGGCAAAGAUUCCCACCUGAAGCCUUCCCCUCACCUCGCUGGGGUUUCCUCCCUGAGGUGGUCAUGCUGAAAAGACUCUUCUGUUUCCAAGGAGUAGCUUGUAAUGAGCACUGGGAACCAGCACCAGUGCUUGAAGUGGGACUUGGGCACAUCUGGUCCCAAGCAGACCUGAGAUCUGUGCUGGUGAGGGACAAGAGGCGUGGAUGGCUUCAGCCUUGUGGGAUGCUUUACCUGGUGCUGUCUUCCACUGGGUUCAGUGUUGAGAAAGAUGGGUUGUACACCUC